AUGGACGAUAUAGUUUGUACACCAGGUUAAUACUUGGAUUCAAAUAAUUAAACCUGCUCACCAUGUCCAUAAAACUGCACUAAAUGCUUGAAUACUCAGUAAUGUUUAAAUUGUGUGACAGGAUUUAAUUUAAUAAAUGCUCAAUGCUUUCAAUUAAUAGCUAAUUGUAAAACUUACUUAUCUGCUACUUAAUGCGUAGAAUGCGUUACAGGAUAUAUUAUAAAUCAUAAUUAAUGCCUUCAACAAAUAGCUAAUUGUUAAAAUUAUUUAUAAAAUGGUUAAUGCUCAGUGUGUAUCUCAGGAUAUACUUUAGUUAAUAAUCAAUGCUUCCAACAAAUAGCUAAUUGUUAAAAUUAUUAAUAAAAUGGUUAAUGCUCAGUGUGUAUCUCAGGAUAUAGUUUAGUUAAUAAUCAAUGCUUCCAACAAAUAGCAAAAUGUUAAAAUUAUUAAGCAAAUGGUUAAUGCUCAGUGUGUAUCUCAGGAUAUACUUUAGUUAAUAAUCAAUGCUUCCAACAAAUAGCUAAUUGUUAAAAUUAUUAAGUAAAUGGUUAAUGCUCAGUAUGUGUUUCAGGAUAUAUUUAAAUCAAUGGUCUAUGCUUUCAACAAAUAACUAACUGUUAAGCUUAUUAAACUAAUGGUUAAUGCUCAGUAUGUGAUUUAGGAUAUGUUUUAAGUUAAGAAAACCAAUGCACAUAAUGCUAAAUAGGAAGUUUUUAUGAUAAGGGAAGCAAUAAUUGCUUGAAGUGUGAUGUUUCAUGUAAAACUUGUGAAGGAACUGGUAUAAACUAAUGCACAUCAUGCUUUUAAGAUGCAACUUUAACUAGUGGAUUUUGUUAAUAUUGCUAAGAUGGAUUUUAUUAUGAUCUAAAUUAAUUAGAUUGCUUUUAGUGCGAUAAAAGCUGUAAAACUUGUAAAGGUGGAAGUAAUAACGAUUGCUUAUCAUGUGAAACUAAUUUUAAUCUAGACACAAAUCAUUGUAAAGUUAAUUAAGGUUAUGAGCAAUGUUAAAAUAUAACAACUUAUGAUGAAUAUGUAUUUGAGGAGUGUUUCUAGGGCUAUAAAUUUGCUCAGCUUACUUCUAUUUGUCUUUAGUUUUUAAUUUUGAGUUCAAUCUUACUUUCUUUUUUGCUAAUUUAUAUUUCUCCAGCUUCCAGUCCAGUGAACUGGUGUUACUUACAAAUUUAGCAAUUAAUUGGAAAUUACAUAUUUACUCCGUACAUAAAUAUAUUAUUGAUAAACCAUUAUCACUUAAAAUAUAUCUAUAUGAAUAAUAUUUUCAAUAUUAUCCCUAACAUUUUUAGUUAAAACUCUUCAACUUAGUUUAACUUAAAUUUGUUAAAUACUUUUAUAAACGUAUAAAAUAUUUCUGAUAGUUACUCUAGCAAUUGCUUUUACUAAAUAAUUAUAUUUUUGCUUGCUACUUUUAUAAGUAUUGUCUUACUUAUAAAAUAAAGAUACUUCUCAAAGGCUAUUAAUUGGGUAGAUCGUUACAUUAACUGGAAUUACAUGAUAGGAGCAUUAAGAUUAAUUUCAAACUUUAUUAUCUUUAAUUUCUUUUUACUUCUUAGCUAAUUAUCUUCCUUAUCUAUUAUUGAUUAUUGCUUUUUUUCAGCCUUUGCUAUCAUUUACUCAUUAUUUCAUUUUCUACUUUUCUCUAAACUUAAAACAAUAGAUUAAUACAGCCAAAAUUCUAACUUAUAAUUAAUAUCCCUUGCUUAUGUAGGCACUGGGAGAACCAAUUUUCUAUAAAGAAUAUUUUGGAUAGGUUUUGAAUUUAGGAAGCUUAUAAUUGCAAUUAUCUAAGGAGCUCUACUGCUUUCUAGUAACUAGUAUAAAUCAGUUCCAUGGAUUCAUUUUGUAAUAAAUAUUUUUUAUUUGCUUUUAAUAUUAAAAUACAGACCUUUUGUUGAUAAAAAUAAUAAUCUAAUGCUAACUCUAAUGGAGAUUUUUCAUAUACUUUUGAUAUUUUAGAUUUCAAUGAUAACUAAUACAAAUAAUGAGCCAUAAACUUUGGAAUAACCAUUUUUAUAAAAUAAUAAAAACUCUUAAGUUUUAUUUGGUUAUAUCUUCAUAGCUUUGAUAUCACUCUUUGUAAUUUCUUAUAUGCUAUUUUGCAUUUACAUAUUAAUCAAACACAUACUCUAAAAUACAUGUAAGAGACGCUAAAUGAAAACAAAAAGCGAUUUAAAUAUAACAAUCAACUAAUAAUUAUCCUCUUCUAAUAUGAGUAAAACAGUGUCAUAAAAUUUUGAUAUAAAUCACUUAGAAUAAAAAGAGAUAUAAUGGACAAGGAACCCGUUAAAUAAAAAUUUUAAGCUAAAAGAUGACAAAUAAGUUGUUGAGUUAUCAUCAAUUUAAUAAUUUUGA